CAGCAUCUUUUUCAUACUCAAUAAUCAAUAUCCUGUUAUUAUUUACCUUUCUCAGUCUCAAUCUCACUCUUUCUUUCUCGCGUGCUCUAGAAGAAGAUGCAGAAGAUUCGUCAGACAUGAAGGAUUAAAAAUUUAUAUGUUGGGGGUACAUCAACUGUAUUUUGGACCCGGGAGAUUAAAACUCUAAUUAGAGUCGUAACUGCCUAUUUGCAGAAAAGCAAACCAAGAUUGGAAAUCGACGAUGACGUGGAUCGGUUUACUAAUGUAAAGAAAAGGAAACCAAGAUUGGAAAGUGACGUCGACUUCAUAAAAGUAAAGAGGGGGCGUCCAAGUCAAGCACAGAAGAUGCACUCCCAUGAAGCAAAUGAAAAUUUAGGACACCCUUUGUCCGCGGAAGAUGUAGAAGAUGAUAACGAGUUAGUAAGUCGACAUGUCACCCAUGGAUUCCAUUUGGUACGAGGAAAAAUGGACCAUGGAAUGGAAGAUUAUAUUGUGGCCGAAAAUAGGAAAGUCAAUGGCCAUGAGUUAGGAUUAUAUGCAAUUUUUGAUGGCCACUCAGGUCGUGAUGUUGCAGAAUACUUGCAAAACCAUCUAUUUGAUAACAUACUAAGUGAGCCUGAUUUCUGGACAAACCCAAAAAAGGCCAUCAAGAGAGCAUAUAAGGCUACAGAUAAUGAUAUUUUGGAAAUGAUGAUUGGUUCUCGAGGAGGCUCAACUGCAGUUACUGCAAUAUUAAUCGAUCAAGAAAAGCUAAUCAUAGCCAAUGUAGGGGACUCUCGGGCUAUUUUGUGCCGAAAUGGUCAAGCGAAACGGAUAAGUGUAGAUCAUGAGCCACAAAAGGAGAAAGAGCUUGUUGAGGGCAGAGGUGGAUUUGUGUCUAAAUCUCCUGGAAAUGUUCCACGUGUAGAUGGCCAGCUAGCCAUGACGAGGGCAUUCGGAGAUGCGGGAGUGAAAGAGCAUAUUACAUCCGAACCAUAUGUUAGGGUUGAAAGUAUUGAUAAGGAUAUUGAAUUCAUCAUUUUGGCUAGCGAUGGCCUGUGGAAAGUGAUGUCAAACCAAGAGGCAUUAGAUUGUAUUAAAAAAAUAGAUGAUGCCCAGCAAGCAUCAGAGAAGUUAAUUAGAGAAGCUUUAUCUAGGAAAAGCUACGAUGAUAUAUCUUGUGUGGUUGUAAUUUUCCACUAAAUCAACCUCAGCUUUCCGGUCGUGAUGUAUACAAGUUGAGGUAUGCCGCCCCAAGACACUACAUGUAUAUGUCAGUUCAUAUGUAGAAUAUCAUAGCCAGUGAGUUAGCAUCGGAAAAUUAGUUGGACGAAUUCCAAGGAAACGCCUCUAGUGUACGGACUCCUUUUUCACUUGUGUGGCCAAUAACAGCAUUAAUCAAUGAAUUUUCUCCUUGUAUAUAUGAAUCCAUUUGGGGGAAAAUGUAAUACAAAUGCACAUAUGAUGACAUGAUCACAUAAGGAAAUGUCUACAUGCAGCCCAGGCUGCUGAAAUUGAUUUGGCAUAUGGACAUGUAAUAAGAUUAAAAUAUUUUUAAUGUGUUGA